AUGUCGGAGGCAGCAGAUUCCACUGCCCAGAUGGAUCGCAUGCUGGAUUCAAUGACCCAGAAGAAACCCGAAAACGAGUCUCAAUUCCAGAAGCUUGGUGAGGUUGUUGAGAAUGACGACGAUAAUGGUGUGGUUGAAAUCGAAAGUCUUUGCAUGAACUGUCAUGAUAACGGAACUACUCGACUCCUACUCCUCCGUGUUCCGUACUUCCGUGAUAUUAUCCUCGAAUCCUUUGAAUGCCCACAUUGCUAUUUUAAGGAUAAUUCCGUCAAGUCGGCGUCCCAGAUUCAAGUGCUCGGUUCGAAGUACACUCUUGUUGUAGAGAACGAAGAAGAUCUCCAGCGACAAGUCAUCAAGAGUGACGUGGCUGUUUUCAAGCUGGAGACUCUGGAGAUCGAGAUGCCCAAGGGAGAGUCUCAGCUCACCAAUGUUGAAGGCGUGCUUCAGAAGAUCCACUCUACCCUCGAGAGUGAGCAGGAAUUGAGGAAGGACCAAGCCCCAGAACUAUUCAAAGCCUUGGAACCUAUUAUUGAGAAAAUCGCCAAGAUGUUAGCCGGAGAGGCUUUCCCAUUCACGAUCUCUCUCGACGAUCCCACCGGUAACUCAUGGAUUGCGCCCACCCCACAUGAUACAGGAAACAAAUACAAACGUCGUGACUACCCUCGAACCCAUGAACAAAAUGAGGAAUUGGGCAUUUCAGCAGACCCAGAUGCGCAGAAUGCCGAAGCCAACAACAUGGUGCAGACUGCCGGUGAUCCUGAAGAUCUCGAUAUUAUCGAUGGACAAGUCUACACCUUGCCGGCAGAAUGUCCUGGAUGCACCAAAGCAUGUGUUGUCAACAUGCAAAAAGUCAGCAUUCCUUACUUCAAGGAAGUCUUCAUCUGGAGUACUAUCUGUGAUCAUUGCGGAUACAGAACAAAUGAAGUCAAGACUGGUGGUUCAGUCCCGGAUAAGGGCAAACGCAUCACGCUCAAAGUGGAGUCCAUUGAGGACUUGUCUCGCGAUAUCUUGAAAUCAGACACUUGCGCAUUGUACAGCCAUGAGCUCGAGAUGUCCGUGCAGCCUGGAACACUCGGUGGUCGAUUCACUACCGUCGAGGGUCUCCUGACCGAGGUUCGCGAUCAAUUACACGGCCAGAUCUUUGAUGUUGGAGACUCAGGCGCUGGAGAUUCGUUGUCAUCUGGCGACAAAGAGACGUGGACCCGUUUCUUCGACCGACUUGAGUCCGCUAUCAACGGCGAAUUGAAAUUCAUCAUUACACUGGAAGAUCCUCUCGCUAACAGCUACGUGCAGAACUUGCACCUGCCCGACCCUGACCCUCAACUAUCCGAAGAGGACUACACUCGUACUGAGGAGGAAGAGGAAGAUCUUGGUUUGAAGGACAUGAAGACUGAGGGAUACGAAAACGAUUCUGAGCAUGAUAAGAAGGAGGAUGAAGCUGAAGAGCCCAAGGCAUAG